GAAACGUUCCCAUGGAUCAUGAACCAUCUUCCAGGACCUCACAAAAAGGCCCUCUCCGCCCUUGAGAUACUGCUUUCACAUGCAAGGGAGGAGAUAGAGAAGCAUAAGGAGCAACAGUCUUUUCAUGAGCCACAGGAUUACAUAGAUUUCUAUCUACUUCAGAUGGAGAAAAGCAGAAAUGACCCCAACUCUACCUAUGAUGAAGAGAACCUGGCUCAGUGCAUUCACGACUUCUUUAUUGGGGGAACAGAGACAACCAUCACUUCUCUGAGAUGGGCUUUAUUUCUCCUGGCAAACCAUCCAGAUAUCCAAGACAAAGUCUACAAGGAGAUAGAAGAUGUUUUUGGUUCAUCUCAUUCCAUCUGCUACCAAGAUAUAAAGAAACUGCCCUACACUAAUGCUGUGAUUCAUGAGGUGCAGCGUUCAAAAUAUGUCAUAUUAUUUGGGGGAUCAAGACAAUGUACAAAGGAUGUGAAAGUGAACGGUUAUCUCAUUCCUAAGGGGGCAUAUAUUAUUCCAGAUCUGCGCUCUGUUCUUCUUGAUCCUGAGCGGUGGGAGUCUCCUGAAAAGUUCAACCCUAACCAUUUUUUGGACAAGGAUGGAAAUUUUGCAGCUAGAGAAGAAUUCCUACCAUUCGGUGCAGGGGAUCGGGUGUGUCCUGGGCAGCAGCUAGUGAGGAUUGAACUCUUUAUCUUCUUGACCAGCCUGCUGAGGAUGUUCAGGUUUCAGCUGAAAGGAGGCGUGAAGACACCCAAUCCGUGUGUUCUGAAAGGGAUCACAUUAUUUCCCCAUCCUUAUAAAAUCUGUGCUGUUCCUCGCUGUAGCUCAUCAUAA